AUGGGAGAUCCUGGACCUCCUGCCACAGUCGAGCCACCGUGUCAUCGUCGUCUCUUCAGCCGCCCUGGUCCUGUGUGCAGUGAAGGAAAUGGGGUCUCCCAGACCGCCAGCUCAGGCAAGUACACGUCUAACGAAAGCGCAGUGUUAUCGGGCUCAGAUCUCUUCUUGGAUUCCAGCACCUUUCCUGAUGCUGCUGCUGCUGUAGUUCAAACCGAACCGGCGGAGCGCCGCUUCCUGACAGUAUACUACCAGAACGUAAGAGGUCUCAGAACAAAAACCAACGAAACAUUUCUGGCACUCUGUCGCUGCGACUACGACGUUAUCGUUUUCACCGAAACCUGGCUCACGGAGGCGAUCAAAGAUGCCGAGUUAACAAAAAACUACAAGCUGUUUCGAUGCGACCGCAACCCAGAAAGCAGUUCUCUACUUCGAGGAGGAGGGGUCCUUAUUGCAGCUAAAGCUAAGCUCGGGUGUAAAGCUGUCGAGCUACUCAAUUGCGAAAGCUUGGAACAGACCGUAAUUCGCCUGACCCUGCCACUGCAAACGUUGUUCGUGUGCUGUGUCUACAUCAGACCCGUUAGCGAUCCCGCCACCUACGCCACCCACGCCGCCGCCGUGCAGCAAGUCAUCGACCUUUCCAAGGAAUCGGACUCUGUCUUAGUUGUUGGCGAUUACAACCUCCCGAAUCUAAUCUGGUACCAUGACGACGACACGGACAGCCUCCUUCCUGUAAACGCUUCUUCAGAGCAGGAAGUCACGCUAGUUGAGUCGAUGUUGCCGCUGGGUCUUACACAAGAAAACGACUUGCCCAACGCGUUUGGUAAGCUGCUGGAUCUGGUAUUUGUCAGUGACAACGUAUCGGUCGAGUUGUUCGAGCCUCCAUGCCCUCUUUUGAAAGUUGAUCAGCACCACAACCCGCUUCUUAUGCAGCUGGAGUACAGAACUGCGUUGAACGACAACACUGUUGAACCCGUUGCUGUCUUUGACUUCAAAAGGUGUGAUUACACGACUUUGAACGAGAGAAUCCUUGCUGUCGAUUGGCUGACCUUUCUGGAUGCUCCCUGUGUCAACUCUGUGACUGAAAUUUUCUACGAAAAACUCUUUGAAAUCUUCAACGAGGUUGUACCAAGGAAGUCAGUACGCAUCUGCCACCGCUACAAGCAGCCCUGGUGGAACGACGAUUUGCGCUUGCUCCGAAAUCGUCUGCGGAAAGCAACUAGCAGGUUUCUAUCAACUAAAACAGCGUGGGACAAAGUCGUCGCGCGUAACAUCGAAGAAGAGUACCUGAAUCUUCAACAAGAGAGCUUCCAGAACUACAUCAAUGAUCUGCAAAAUGAUGACAUCCUCAAGGUUCUUUCGAGCGUCGAUCCUAGCAAAGGUCCUGGUCCCGAUGGUCUUCCACCAGUAUUCGUGAAAAGCUGUGCAAACUCGCUUGUUGUGCCGGUCUCGGUGAUCUUCAACAAAUCGCUGGAACAUGCAAUCUUCCCCGACAUCUGGAAACUUGCGUCGAUUAGUCCAAUCCAUAAAUCCGGUAACGUAAGCAAGGUCGAAAACUACCGGCCUAUUUCUAUCCUAAGCUGUUUAGCAAAAGUGCUAGAAAAGGUCGUUUACGACAGGCUGUUCCCAGCAGUGCGACGGAUUAUCUCGGCAAACCAGCACGGGUUCAUGCGGAACCGGUCAACUACCACGAACCUUCUUUCCUUCGUCUCACCUACCAUCAACGUGUUGGAGAGUGGAGGCCAGGUGGACGCAGUGUAUAUCGACUUCGAGAAGGCGUUCGACAAGGUGCCGCACACGCUGACCAUCAAGAAGCUGAAAAAACUGGGCCUCCCGGACUGGAUCGUCGCUUGGCUUCACUCCUAUUUGACGAGCAGGAAGGCUUUCGUUAAUCUCCGGGUAACUCGUUCCGAUAUCUUCGAUAUUCCUUCUUGCGUCCCGCAAGGUAGCCACCUGGGGCCGCUCAUUUUCAUACUGUUUGUGAAUGAGCUCAACACUUUGACGGGUUCAAGUACGCUUAUGUACGCCAACGAUCUUAAACUCUACCGAACUGUAAAAUCUCACGUCGACUGCCUCGCUCUACAAGCAGAUGUGGACACCUUGCUGCACUGGUGUGACCGGAACGGGAUGACAGCGCACGCAAAAAAGUGUAAGGUUCUGUCAUUCACCCGUUCGAGGAACCCUAUAAUCUCGGACUACAGCAUGAAUGGACAACAACUCGAUCGUGUGGACACCUUCAAGGACCUGGGAGUAGUUGUUGACAGUAAGUUGAGGUUCAACCAGCACAUUGCCCUAACGACCGCCAAAGCUUUUGCCAUGUUGGGCUUCCUGAAAAGGAGUACCAAGCACUUCGACGAUCCUUACUCGCUAAAAUCGCUGUUUUGCUCGUUAGUAAGAAGUGUUUUGGAGUACGCAGUCGUUGUAUGGGCCCCGUUCCACGAAACUCAAGUCACCAGAAUCGAAAGAGUACAGCGGACUUUCGUACGGUACGCCUUCCGGAAACUUCGCUGGAACGAUCCCCUGCGGUUGCCACCGUAUGAGCAACGUUGUGCGCUGUUCAACCUGCCUACGCUCGCCCGCCGCCGUGUUUUUAUCCAGCGUCUACUGGUCUUCGACCACGUCAAGGACUCAGGAACAACCCACCACUGCUUAGUGUCCCGCGGCACCGAACGGUUUAUGGACAUCACAACCCGUUAG